AUGGUUAAGAGACGAGAGGAAGAGUGGCAGCGUUACUAUGCGGCUUGGCCCCUGAAGCGACCUGUGAUGGCGAAGGUGGUGUCCGACUACUUUGUGCGGCUUCACUCCCACAACUUUGCAUGGAUACACAGCCUACACUAUGGCGUCCUCAGGGCACAUUUGUAUUUUCGCCCCACUGCCCCUGCACACAGCACACAUCACUCUGCGGUUUCACAUCUCUCCCUCGCCGUCCCCAGUUCAGCGACCACGAUGUAUCAAGCCGGCUAUCAUCAGAAUACUGCCCCCCCAGAUAUGGCUCAACUCCAAGCCACGAUGCGAUCUAUCGAACUCGCCUGCAGUUCUAUUCAGAUGCAUGCAAACCCGGCUGCUGCUGAGGCAACCAUAUUAUCACUAAACCAGUCUCCUCAGCCAUACCAGGCAUGUCAAUUCAUUCUAGAAAAUUCUGAGUUGGCAAAUGCAAGAUUUCUUGCUGCUGGAGCAAUUAGGGAUGCGGCUAUAAGAGAAUGGUCAUUUCUCGAGACCGAUUACAAGAAAAGCUUGAUCCGGUUUUGUUGGCUUUUUAUAAUGAAACACGCUGGUUCACAUGAGGGUUACGUCCAAGCAAAAGUUGCAUCUGUAGCUGCUCAAUUGCUGAAACGGGGCUGGCUAGAUUUUACAGCUGCUGAUAAGGAGGCAAUUUUCCUUGAGGUGAAACAGGCUGUUACUGGCAGCCAGAUUGUCGAUGUACAGUAUAUGGGAAUCAAUUUUUUGGAAUCGUUGGUAUCAGAAUUUUCACCCUCUACAUCUACUGCUAUGGGCCUUCCUAGAGAAUUUCAUGAGCAGUGCCGAACAUCAUUAGAGCUGGACUAUAUAAAGGAAUUUUACUGUUGGGCACAAGAUGCUGCUUUAAAUGUCUCACAUAGAAUAAUUGGAUCUGACUCAGCCAUUCCUGAAGCAAAAGUGUGUUCAGCAGCACUUCGUCUAAUGCUUCAAAUCCUGAAUUGGGACUUUAAAGGAAAAAAAAAUGCAGUUGAGAGUUCUAAAAGAGGGCUAGAUGUGUAUUGUGGUGACAUUAAGCCAGAGAGCAACUUUCUUGGAAGGUCUGAAUGCAUCUUGGUGCAGCCUGGUUCGUUGUGGCGUGAUGUGCUGAUUUCAAGUGGUCAGGUUGGAUGGAUUUUGAACUUGUAUGGUGCACUGCGACAGAAGUUUUCAUGUGAAGGUUACUGGCUAGACUGCCCUCUUGCAGUUUCUGCUCGGAAACUUAUUGUCCAAUUUUGCUCCAUAACAGGAACCAUAUUUCCUUCUGACGGUGGGUACAUGCAAAGGCAGAGCCUUGUACAACUGUUAUCUGGAAUUAUACAAUGGAUAGAACCACCCAAUGCUGUUUUGAAAGCUAUAGAAUGUGGAAGAAGUGAAAGUGAACUCCUUGAUGGUUGCCGUGCACUGAUGUCUAUGGCAGCUGUGAGUACACCACUUGUGUUUGAUCAACUCUUGAAAUCUUUGAGGCCUUACGGCACUCUUACACUAUUAUCUGUGCUGAUGUCUGAAGUCAUCAAAUGCCUUAUGGAAAACCUCUCAGAAGAAGAGACGUGGAGCUGGGUAGCACGCGAUAUUUUACUGGACACUUGGACUGCACUUCUUACGUUGGAUAGUAGCGGACAUAAUGAUUUGCUUCCACCAGAAGGGAUUAGUGCUGCAGCAAAUCUCUUUGCAAUUAUAGUAGAGUCUGAGUUAAAGGCUGCUUCUGCAUCAGCCUUCAGUGACGAUAAUGAAUAUGAUUACCUCCAUGCUUCUGUUUCUGCUAUGGAUGAAAGAUUGAGCUCCUAUGCUCUUAUUGCUCGAGUAGCUAGUGGUGCCACAAUCCCUUUCCUCACCACACUUUUCUCAGAGCGUAUUACAAGGCUUCAUCAGGGCAGAGGCACAACCGAUCCAACGGAAACUUUGGAAGAACUUUACUCACUGUUACUGAUAGCUGGGCACGUUUUGGCAGAUGAAGGACAGGGUGAAAUACCCUUGGUGCCGAAGGACAUACAAGCUCAAUUUACGGAUGUUGUGGAUGCAGACAAGCAUCCAGUUGUUAUUCUCUCUGGUUCAAUCAUUAGGUUUGCUGAGCAAAGUUUGGAUCCAGAAAUGAGAACAUCAUUUUUCAGUCCUAGACUUAUGGAGGCAGUUAUAUGGUUCCUUGCAAGAUGGUCUUCAACAUACCUGAUGCCACCUGAAGAAAAUAAAGGAAAUAAAAGUGGUGAAAAUAAUAAUGAUGCCCAAGUUCGUUUAGAACACUCCAAAAAUGCACUGCUUAGUUUUUUUGGAGAGUAUAAUCAGGGGAAACUAGUGCUUGAUAUUAUUAUUCGAAUCUCCUUGACUACACUUGUUUCAUACCCAGGGGAGAAAGACCUGCAGGGACUUACAUGUUACCAGUUACUUCAUGGACUAGUUCGACGAAAGAAUGUUAUCUCACAUCUCGUUUCUUUGGACUCAUGGCGUGACUUGGCAAAUGUUUUUGCUAAUGAACGGGGUUUGUUCUCAUUAAAUGCUGCUCACCAGCGUUCACUGGCUGAGACACUUGCUCUUUCAGCUUCUGGAAUGAAAACAUCUGAGGCAUCAAAUCAGUAUAUAAAAAGUUUGACGAACCAUAUGACCGCUAAUUUGGCGGAGCUGUCAUGCAAGAAUGAUCUCAAACAUAUUGCUCAACAGCCAGAUAUUCUUUUGUUGGUUAGUUGCUUGUUGGAGAGGCUUCGUGGGGUUGCCAGUGCCUCAGAACCUCGGACUCAAAAGGCAAUUUAUGAAAUGGGUUUCACUGUGAUGAAUCCUAUCUUGAUUUUUAUUGAGGCAUACAAACAUGAGUCAGUAGUUGUCUAUCUUCUACUCAAAUUUGUUGUCGAUUGGGUCGAUGGCCAAAUAAUCUACUUAGAGGCCCGUGAAACUGCUGCUGCUGUUGACUUUUGUACACGUCUGCUUCAGCUAUACUCAUCUCACAAUAUCGGCAAGAUAUCAGUUAGCCUCUCAAACAGCUUACUUAGUGAAGCAGAUACAGAGAGAUAUAAGGAUUUACGGGCCCUUCUACAACUUCUUGCAAAUCUGUGUUCGAAGGAUCUGGUUGACUUUGCAUCUGAAUCCCUUGAGGCUUAUGGUGUGAGCAUUUCUCAGGUUGUAUUUAUGGGUCUUCACAUAGUAACCCCUCUAAUUACUUUGGAGCUGCUGAAAUAUCCCAAACUUUGUCACAGUUAUUUCUCACUACUAUCACACAUGCUGGAGAUUUACCCUGAAGUAGUCGCUCAACUAAACGUUGAAGCCUUUGGUCAUAUAGCAGAAACUCUUGAUUUUGGGCUUCAUCAUCAGGAUGGUGAAGUUGUUGACUUGUGUCUAAGGGCUCUGAAAGCACUUGCGUCCUACCAUUACAAGGAAAAAGGAAUGGGUAAAGUUGGUUUAGGUUCACAUGCUACCAUUUCUAAGGAUCCUGGUGGAAAAGUUCAAGAAGGCGUACUGAGUCGGUUCCUUUGUUCAUUGCUGCAACUUCUUCUUUUUGAGGACUACAGCACGGAUCUCGUAAGUUCUGCAGCAGAUGCACUUUUCCCGUUGAUACUGUGUGAACAAAAUGUUUAUCAGAAUUUAGUGAAUGAAUUGAUAGAAAGGCAGACAAACCAAAUGUUCCGAUUACGGCUAACAAAUGCUCUCCAGUCUCUCACAAAUUCAAACAACCUUUCUACGACACUUGACCGCGUAAAUUUCCAGAGAUUCCGGAAGAAUUUACACAGUUUCCUCAUUGAAGUUCGUGGAUUUCUUCGAACAUUAUGA